UGCGUCUGGAGCGGCUCCUUGGAGUCCACAGCAUCCACCGCCGGAGCCUCGCCUUCCUUUCUCCCUCUGCAGACCUAUCGAGACACAAAAAAAGAGGCGACCCCCGGACCAGCGCGAGGGACCCACCCGCACGAUGACCGAGACCACCAAGACCCACGUAAUCUUGCUUGCCUGCGGCAGCUUCAAUCCCAUCACCAAAGGGCACAUUCAGAUGUUCGAAAGAGCCAGGGAUUAUCUGCACAAAACUGGAAGGUUUAUUGUGAUUGGUGGGAUUGUCUCUCCUGUCCACGACUCCUACGGAAAACAGGGCCUUGUGUCCAGCCGGCACCGCCUCAUCAUGUGUCAGCUGGCGGUGCAGAACUCCGACUGGAUCAGGGUGGACCCCUGGGAGUGCUAUCAGGACACCUGGCAGACCACGUGCAGCGUGCUGGAGCACCAUCGGGACCUCAUGAAGCGGGUGACUGGCUGUAUCCUCUCCAACGUCAACACACCUUCCAUGACGCCAGUGAUCGGACAGCCCCAAAAUGAGACCCCCCAGCCCAUUUACCAGAACAGCAACGUGUCCAGCAAACCCACUGCAGCCAAGAUCUUGGGGAAGGUGGGAGAAAGUCUAAGCCGGAUCUGCUGUGUCCGCCCACCAGUGGAGCGCUUCACCUUUGUGGAUGAGAAUGCCAAUCUGGGCACGGUGAUGCGGUACGAAGAGAUCGAGCUGCGGAUCUUGCUGCUGUGUGGCAGUGACCUGCUGGAAUCCUUCUGCAUCCCCGGGCUCUGGAACGAGGCGGAUAUGGAGGUGAUCGUCGGGGACUUCGGGAUCGUGGUGGUGCCCCGGGACGCAGCGGACACAGACCGAAUCAUGAAUCACUCCUCAAUACUCCGCAAAUACAAAAACAACAUUAUGGUGGUGAAGGAUGACAUCAACCAUCCCAUGUCUGUCGUCAGCUCAACCAAGAGCAGGCUGGCCCUGCAGCAUGGGGACGGCCACGUGGUGGACUACCUGUCCCAGCCGGUCAUCGACUACAUUCUCAAGAGCCAGCUGUACAUCAACACCUCGGGCUAGCAGCCCCCGCGCUCCGCUCCGCUCUCCCCUCGUCCUCCGGCAACACACCGGCCGCUCCACCUCUGUCAGUCCCCCCGUUCUUCUCCUGCCUCUGUUUCUCCAUCUCCUCCUCUUGACUGUUCCCCGCACUUGCUGGCUCAACCGUCCAGAGUGUGGGGGACCUGCAGAGAACCACCGCACACCCUCCUCAGCAGUCAUCUUCGGACAGACUCUCCUCUCGUCUCCGGGUUGGGGUCUUGAUGCCUUCCUGCGGUGGUAACGUCCCUUUGGGCGGGACACCGUAGCCAGCCUCCGCGUGAGAGCCGCACCCGGUGAAGAAGGCCAACCACCUCCACCUUCCCGGCACCCCCACUUGCCCCCUCACGCCCCACACCCCCCCACACACAGCAGCUGCCGACUAGGCUCAGGACCGAGGCUUUCAGUUUCCCAAACCUGGAAGGCAGGUCUGGGAAGAGUAGGGUUUCUCAGAAGAAUUUGUGUCCAUUUCCUUAGUUUCAGAAGACCAUUGUCCGAUGCUCAGCCCCUGUGAUCACACAGAGCCAGUCCAUCCCUAUAUCCAGGUGGCAUCUGUACGCUUCCUCCUUCGGGCUGUGAGUGAUGGCAGAGUGGGUUCCCUGCCAGCCCAGCGUUCCCAAGAAUCCUUCACGUCACCACUAAGCCCUUGGAGGUCCUACCUGGCCACGUUCCUGCCUCUGAGAAGAAUCACCUAUUCAAGGCCAAAUCCUACCAAUGCAGGCAUUUCAGAAAUAAAAUAUGCUAGGAAUUCACUCAA